AUGUCCAAUCCGAAAGAUGCAUUUCAGGAACUCGUCCGCAUCUUCUCAUCUAGAGGCAACCAAGUCCUCGAGAUCGAGAUCAUCCCAUCAAGCCUAGGCACUACGUUCCUCCAAGAUGGAUGCUCACUGGGAAUAACCAAGAAAGCACUAGUGCAGGCCUUCACGGUCGCGCGCCAGCUCUUCUUCGACCGAUUAAUGCCAAUGUCCGAAAACGACCUCCAAACCACAUGUUUUGCAGACCCCCAGUCCAGAAAUGCAGACUCAGCUAUAACAGAAACUAUGCUUCUCUUCGACUGCGAACAUCUCACAGCCUGUAAUUGGCGCAAGCGCCGCCUGCAGGCAGCCUUGGUGUAUUACCAUGGUACUUCAGACCAGAUCUCCGCUGCAACGGAGCUGUUAGAAGCCGAACUCACGCUCAUGUCGAGCUACCAGUGCUCGCCACUCCAUCGGCAUACCAAGUCACCGACGCUCUGGCAUCAUCGGCUGUGGGUGGUUGUCCAUCUGCUUGAAAGACGGCAAUGGAGCCCUGAGGAUCUGCACAAACUGCAAUGUACGGAACUGGAUGUUGUUCUCCGCGCUGGAGAGCUGCAUCCAAAGAACUUUUAUGCUUUCAGCUAUAUGCGACAGCUGGAUGUGCUCCUCGCCGCUAUAGUGGGGAAGACGACCGGGCAAUCCCCAUGGGAAGCCCAAUCGGCGCAGUCGGUUGUCAGACGGGUGGUUGCCUGGUGCUUGGCCAAUCCACGCGAUAUAUCAGGUUGGAGCUUUGGCCUCUAUGCGCUGAGCAAUGUCAUGGAGCAGCAUAGUCGAGUGGAUGCUAUUGAAAGAGUGGUCAAGUUUGCGCUAAACGUUGGGUGGGAAGGCGAGGGCCUUUGGACCUUUGUGGACCACGCAUCCAGGCAGUUCGGGCUUGAAAGGGUGAUUGAGGCUACCAUGUUCUUACAAUGUGAUGAACAAACCAGAUCUCGUGAUUCCCAAAUGGUUCAAGACAGUCGUCAGAAGAAGUCAUGGCAGAUCUGGCUGGCAAGGGCGAGAGUAUUUUGGAUCGUAGACGGCCAAAGGCAAGAUACCUAA